CAUUUGGAGCAGUUUGAAUGACUAUUAGAAUUAGUAGGGUACUUUUUAAAAACGUUGAUCACGCCGGAUUGUUGUGGUGUUCGGAAGUUUUUGGACUAACGCUGGCGCGCAUCAGUCUGCUGCACAGAGCAAUCUAGAGCUGCCGCUCUAUGCGGAUUAAAUCGAUUUUUUUUGUUUUGGGGACAAAAUUAGGCAGCUGCGGAGCGUCUUCAUCUUCGACCAUUGGAUAGCGGACAUCCCCGUGCGAAGACAGCUCGGGGCGCGCUCCGCAGGGGGAGGGAGCCGCGUACCGUCCGGGUCGGGAGAGCCAAGUGUCCCCGCCGCCCGAGGACAGCGGGCCUCCGGAGUCUCCAUAAAUGCCCGGCCCGUCGCAGAGGCUCCAGGCUGGGCAGCAAGAUGAGCUCCACCGUGCAGCUCCUGCUCGCGUUGGUGGCGACGUGCGUGCGACUUGGCGCGGCCGAGGGGGAUCCACUUCCUGCAGCCCUGGUGGAGCUGGUUAGAAACAGUCCCAUCUCAUCCAUUGAAGAUCUUCAGAUGCUUCUGCUCACUGAUUCCGUAGAUGAGGAGGAGGGAAACUCAGCACCAAAUGGAGGUCACAGAGUACCGAGAAGCCUGGUUGCUCAGCCAGCCCAGCAGGCUGUGUGUAAAGUUCGCACCGAGGUCGUGGAGGUCACCAGGGCAAUGUUAGACCGAAGCAACGCCAACUUCCUGCUCUGGCCGCCGUGCGUUGAGGUUCAGCGUUGCUCCGGUUGCUGUAACACCAAAAGCCUGGAGUGCGUCCCCUUUGUCACACACACUCGAUACCUGCAGGUCAUGAAGAUCGAAUACAUAAACAAAAGACCCACUUAUGCUAAAGCGGUGGUGUCGGUAAUGGACCACGUGGAGUGCCGGUGUCAGCCUGCGCCGAGACAGCCGAUACUGAAGAGAAAAUCCUCUCGCCGGCACCACGGAUACAAGGACCAGUUUCACAACCGGACUCUCAGCCAAGGACACAGACAGGUCAAGGUGCACACCAAGGAUGAGCUACAUCAGUGGGAUGAGCUGAAACAGAACCAGGGUUCCCUCCUGGUGGACCUCCUGGAGCAACACUGGAGCCCCAGAGGAGACACGUUCACUCGGCCUGGCGAAGGCUACAGUCUGGCUGGAGAGGAAUCAUCUCUACCUGAAGAGUCUGUUCUCAUUGGCCCACACUGGACACACAACUCUACAGGGUUCCUAGAGACUAAAACCCAAAUGGAGAAUAAGGAGACCAAAGAAAGGGUGCCAGAAGGAAACAAGACUUUGUCUUCGGUGGCUCACGUUGGCAUAGAUCAAACGGUUGAAGAUAACAAGGGGCUCGUAAAACUUGACGGAAUAAUGAUUGUUGAGGAUGGACCAAAGGGCCGGAAUGAAGGUACACAAAUACGCAGUCCAACUUUGGAGGAAGAAAAAUCUGCAUUUCCAAAGCCCGUCACUCAAGCCAAGUGGAGCCCAAUUGAGGAAGCCAUUGGCAGGUUCGGGAGCAGGUUCCGACCCACCAAAGAACCCAACCCGGACCCUGGGGAACAGACCAGGCGGAGAGACAACAAGACUCCGGAGGAGCUGAGAAUUCUGCAGAUUGCGCAGCAAAGGUUAGAGGAGGAGAGAAAAGAGCUGCUCCUGCUUCACAAGAGGUUGGACCAAGAGAAGGAGAUACUAAAAGUGCAGCAAAAGAAGCGAGAGGAGGAACAUCACCGCCUAAGGAGCAGACACCGUUACCCGCAAACGACAACGGCACCGUGGCCAGAGACAACAACUUCGGCCACCAAACAACGUUCUGUAGCUCCAGCAGGGCCGCUGAACGUUAGACCUCCAGCGCAUCCAAAGAGGAGGAUGAGGAAGCAUCGAAAACGGAUAAGCAAGGCAGCUAUGAGGGCAAUGCUAAUGUAAAACUUUUCAGAAUUCCGGGAGCACAAAAUGGACUCAGAGUAUGGACGCUCCAGGUCUUAAUAAAAGUAUUCAAGCUACUCCUCAGUGACGCUACUGUUUGAAAAAGCCAUAACUGUACCUGGAAUGAGUAAAAGGGAAGAAGGAAGCAGAAAAAAAAACAUUUCCGCCAAAGUCGGAAGUGACACGCAAAGACUUGGCAAAAAUGCGUGCCAGUUUUCCUGCAUCUGAACGGAACUGCGGAAAUCGGUGUGACUUCUCCACACGGAUGUUUGUUUUAAGAUGAAAAGAGAGAAAUUGCAUUUGGACGUUCACAUAAAUAUUGGCAUUUAACGAUAAAGAGCAGACUUCCAAAUGCAUCCGCGUGGUCCGCCAUAGUGAUGACGCACGAAUUGUAAACACAACAAAGUUAAGUUGACUACGAUAAUGUUUGAUGACCAAUGAAAACGGUGACCACAUCGCUACCAUAUUUAAUUCCAUCUAACCCAUCGCAAACACUGGAAUUCAGCAGAUGUGAUUAGUAUGACAAAUCCCAAAAAAACGAGCAGGUGAGGAUGUUACACCUGCGACCUUUUCUGUUUUCCACAUUAUUAUUUAUUUACCACAACUACUACUAAGGGUUAGCCUUCAUCACCAGUUUUGAAAACAUCAUGUAACAAUGUCAUGCAAGUCAGGGUUCUAACUCAACAAUGGGGAUUACUUUUUUUUUUUUUUUUUUAAAGGUUCAACCUUCAGUGAUUGUGGCCUUGAGUUUGUAUGUGAAGUGUGUGUUUGCUCUUUAUGUUUGUUUGGUGUGUGCGUUAAAUUAUGUGCGCGCACUUUCUUGUAUUUGAAAGAGACACAGGUGACUUUUUGGUCGAACCAAUCACAUUCCUUACACCCAAUUUAACAUAUUAAAGUGUCCAGAUUUGUUUGCGUACACUGUGGACUUUUUAUUUGCAGAAUGCAAUCAAAAAGUCAGGUCCUGUUGUGGAGUUCACAUCCCCAUCAAUGAUGGCAGGAAGGAACACGCUGUUGUCGUUAUUCUGUGUUUAAAAAUCCGUAAUCAGAAACAUAAGUUAUUGAAAAGUGUUUAUUGUUCUACUUGUCAACUUACAACUGUUACUGAUUUUGUCUCGUUUAUUAUGAGUUUUGAGGGAGGAAAAAAAAAAAGCAUAUUUUCUCAUGGUAAAAGCUCAUGUGCUAAAAAUAGUGUUUUGUCUUUUUAUUGCGUACCAUCAAGUGACGGGCCAUAGUCAGUGUGUCUGUUUCCACUUAAAAUUAUUCUCUCGCACAGCGAAAUUCUGCGUUUUUCUUACAAAUCUUUAAAUGUUAUAUUA